CAUUCUGUAGCAGACCGUCGAACCGAUCGGACUCUGUUGACGUCGGACUAUUUUGAAAAGGCUAACGCGCGAAAUACACAUACCACAUAUAUACACACACGCGUAUCUAUGCAGUUUUCCAGUCGGCUAAAUAAAGUCAACAAAACAGCAACCUCAGAGUCAGCAACUUCUAAUUAGAAGCAGAAGAUAAAGAAGAGGAAGUAGAAUUUGAAGAAGUAGAAGAGGAGCAGGAGGAGGAGGAAGAAGAAGAAGAAGAAGAAGAAGAAGAAGAAAAGGAAGAAAAGACGGUGGCUGAGUUAGAACGAUUUCUCUAUUUGGAAAGGGUUGUCAACUGCGGUGUUGAUUUACAUCACCGAUAAAUAACGAUCACCGGAUCCGGCCAAUCGACAUCGAGACGAACGACACGCUUUCCCUAUUUUUUAAGGAAGCAAAAGAAAAAAAAAAGAAAUAAAGACUUACUUUCGAAAUCGACGUGAAUUAUAUAUUACGCGUCGUUGAGAAAGAGUCCUUUUUGAGAAUAACUGAUUACGUUUACGUUUGAUAUCGUAAUUAAGUAAUACUCGGGUGAUUAUAUUUGAAAAUUAAUUCAAUAUUUUCGAUUAAUCACCUCUGUUGUUCUCUUUCCUUCAUCCACAAAGGAAAUAGUUUCUUUAAAUCCUUCUUUUUCGGUAUCAGCAACAACUACAUCUUUACCACCAUCACCACCACCACUACUACCAUCAUACUACCAGCGCUGUCACGGAGUACUCGAAAAAACUCGUUUUGAACUUUCUAGAAGGCGCGUGGAGUUUCAUUUGAAAGUCAGGGAGAGAGAGAGAGAGAGAGAGAAAGGGAAAGAGAUAAAAUUUUAUUGAUAAAAAAAGAAGAAAGAUAGAGAGAAGGAUAAAGGAAACGAGUGUGGUAAAAGGAAAAAAAAGGAAGGUUAAAUAAAACUUGAUAAAAAAGAACUCGACUCUGCUUGUAUUAUCGUAACAACAGAGAUGGCGUUUAUGAUGCCGGUGAUGAAAAAUGAGUGGGACAUUUACAAAACCAAUCGAAACAGGAGAUCCUCCGAAUGUUCGAAUCCUCGUGCCUGUCGCAGUAGAAAGGUAUCGGAAUGUUCAAAAUCGGCAGGACCGUCCUUGUCGACAUCACCAGGUUCGGAUUUUCUAACCUCGCCAGCCCAUCGGUCUGUACCCUUGACUUCUCGACAUUUCUCUCGAGCAUCGUCAAGAGCGUCUCAGAGCUCGCUUCAGAGCCCAAGCAAAAGUACCGGCUCCUCUCCCCCAAAGACCGGUAGUUCCAAUUCCCUCAACAAGUUUCACAUUUGUCUCGUUGACAAACUUAAAAGAAGCUUGAAAAAAGGAGACGACGAUGAGGAAGAUCAAAGAAACUUAUCAUGAAACAGUUCCAGGGUUUCGAUGCGGACACAAGGCUCCGUUUCGAAACCGAUCGAGAUCCGUCGAACUUCGGCACCAGUCGCGACAAUUGAACCGAAUAGCGGAGUGGUGGCGCGAUCAUGUCCGAAUCAACCUUCGGCGUGGUAGUAAAUCUCUAAUAAAUGAGGAAAGAGAUGGGAAACGAAUGAAACAACCAACCAAUCAACCUACCAACCAAUCUACCAACCAAACUACCAACCAAUCAACAACCAACCGAUCAAACAACCAACCAACGGGAUGACCAAACUGGAUUGACCAGCUAAUAAGAGAGAAGUAUUCAAAAUGGCGAAUGUUAAGAGAAUCAGAAUGAUCAUUAAAUCAAUGAGGAUUUUAUAUAUUAUAAAUUCGAUUAAACAACGACUUUGAAAGUUUAACAACACUGAUAAUGAUGAUGAUGAUGAUGAUGAUGAUGAUGAUGAUGAUGAUGAUGAUGAUGAUGACAACAUUUUCUUGAUACAAUGCAAUCUAAAUUUUCUCUCUUUUUCGUUUCCCUUUGAAAAUUAUUCUUUCCUUUCAUAAAUAUAUUCGAAGAUUUAUGAUCAAUGGGAGAUUUCUAUUUUCAAUGAAAUCAUAUAUAUGUUUAUAUGGAAAAAAGAAAAUCUAACAAUAGCCAGCCCCACCACCCUCUUUCCCCUUCUCAGAAUGUUAUUAUCAUCGAUGGAAGGUUAUGUUAUCGAUUUAUUGUGCUUGAUAACGAUUGAGAAAGGAUUUUUUUAAGAUCGUCUCUGAAAUAUGCAGCUUCGUAUUCGAAGUUAACGAACGGAGAAGAAGAAGAAGAAGAAGAAAAAGAAGAAGAAGAAGAAGAAGAAGAAGAAGUAGAAGUAGAAGUAGAAG